UUGGGUUUUAGCACUUCCAUCACCUAACCACAACCUCGUCUCGCGGUUAUUUACGAUCGAAAAAUCACAAGGAACGUGCAAUAAGGUGUUGGAUUACGACAGCCUGCUGGGGUUAUAUUUGAAGAAAGUGAUUCACGCACUCAUGUUUAAUUCAUUUCUUUUCUUUAUUUCCAAGUGUUAUUUCUGCGAGAUGGAAAGGUCAUCGCCUGACAUUGAGACUUCGAGUAAUUGGGAUUUUCGCCGGGGCUUUGACCUUUCGAAAUAAUGCAAAUAACUGCACUUUAUCAAAUCGAAACACGGAGCGGUUUAUCAACAAAAAUGCCUGCUUAUUAGAGCGGAGUUCGCAUAAUUGCGGUGAAAUUUCUAUAAUUAAUCGAAAAAUUACGCGGUGGUUAAAAUUCGAAGAUAAGAAGAGAUAACUCGGAGUGUGGGAAAGUUAGAAAGUGUGAGAGGGAACACUUACAUUGUUGAGGGAUUUUUGCAAUUGGGUGACCUCUGGACCAUUUUGCAACUGUCACCCAUUAUGGACCAAUAGAGAAAAGUGGAGCAUCGAGGCAUUAUUACAACCUUGUGACGUACAUACAAUUGGGUUUAUUGCUGCUAUACGGGUCAUCAUUUUUGCCGGAGUGCAACUAGUAUACAGGGUGACUCAUAAAUCACACUAAUUUAGUUGAUUUUAUGCGACAACAUGUGUCCGUCAUUAUCUAAAUAAAGAAAAAACAAGCGAUUAUUAUGAUAAAUAAUACGCUUCAUUGAUUUUAUGGGCUUGUUAUGAUGCAGGAAAUAUGGUUGGAUUUUUAUCAAUAAAAAUAGAUUCGUCUAUUACGCAGCCAAUUCCUGGUGUAAGAUUUUGACUGGUUUCAUCACCACGUGACAAAACGGCACUUUUAAAUAAAUUUGUAAAAAAAGAAAAAUCAGUGGGGAAUAAAUUUAAUUAUGUUUUCGUCUUGGACUCGUCGCUUUGUAUCCGACGACAUUAGCUUUAAUUCAAUUAUUUUGUUGGCUUGAUUUCUACUGUAUUUUGCCGCUCGUGGGUGGCAAAUAUAAUUCAAAUUAAGUAGCGACGUUGGAUUUUAAAUCCAGGCGCGCAAUGUCACCUUUGGAACUAACGACAGCUCAAAUUCAAUGUGAUAAUAUACAGGGUGUGGCUGCAAUAAUGGUCGAGAUAUUUGCCACAAAGCAGUUUCAAACACCCGCUAUAGUGGCGCCUGAAACGUUAAAUAUAACAAAACGCUGUUUUCGACUUAUCCUUUAUUAAAUUUAUUACUUGAGAAUGCUCCCACAAAUGUUUUUUUUUUGUUAGUAAAGCGCCAAGGUGAAAUUUUUUAGUGUCGAUGUGGGUGCCAAAACGUAUUGUACUAGGUUUAAAACGCGAUGAAAUUGCAGUGGAUGCUCAGUACAGCAAGUAGCAGCCACAAAUACUGACCUUUUGAUUUUAUUUUUACCCAUUUAAUUCCUGCAGCUUUUGUCACAACAAUCCAGAUAAGAGCUCGCCGGGAUUAAACAAUAAAACAAAAUAAUCGAGGGAUAAAAUGGGAAAAUCAGAAGUCGUACCUAUGCCAAUCCACAGACAAGACAGUUUGUAUGCCGCAUGCAAAGGUGCCUUUAAUACCGUCGUUCACACGGUCGACGAAGAACAAGACGAAGACGAAGACGACUUCGGAAUACCGGACAACAUGCAACUGUUCACCAACCAAGUGGCCGGUCACACGAACGACGGCAAAUCAUACGGUAUGAUCAAGCACAACGGUACCAUCUUGAAACCCAUCACCAAACAGAAAUGCGGCGAAAGAGAGAUCGACUUCUACGAGGAGAUUAACAGCGCGACGGACAAAACGCGGAGCGAGCUGAGGGAUUUCGUACCGAAGUACUACGGUAAAGUCACGGUGCCGAUAAAAGGGAACGACGUGGACUGCAUAGUACUGGAAGAUCUGACGCGGUACUACAAAGAGCCGUGCGUUAUAGACAUCAAGAUCGGGAGGAGGACGUGGGACCCGACGGCGUCGUACGACAAGAUCGUCAACGAGGAGGCCAAGUACCAAGAGUCGAAGCGAGAUUUGGCGUUCUGCAUUCCCGGAUUUCAAGUUUACAAAAUCCACAACAACCAAUUAUGCAAAUUUGAUAAGAACUAUGGCAAGACGCUGAAUAAGGAAACGGUGCCUCAAGCACUGAAGAUGUUUCUAAACGCCGAGACGGUCUGCUGUCGCAGUCUGAUAGUGCAAUUUCUGGCGAGUUUAUGGCGGAUUCAGAUGUGGGCGCGCAAGCAACGUUACUACCAUUUCUACUCGUCGUCGCUGUUGUUGGUUUACGACGCGCGACGAUUGAGAGAACUGCUCAAAACCGACGACGACGUUAAACCCACGUUGAAACUACAGCGCUCGACGAGUUUAUACAGACCGUUGAGUUUGGCGGUGCUCAACAACGAGAAGAUCUCUACGGGGUUCAGCGGCCAGUUGACCAAUCAAGGGCCGAUUUUGAGAACGCCUACUUCUCCGACUAAACUGAAGCAGUUCAACGAUUUGGUGCAAACCAACAACAACAACAGUAACAACGUGUGGCAGAAGUCGAUCAGGACGUUGAAACGCACCCAUUCCUUCCAGAACGACUACGAUAAAGACAUGCAGAGCAAAAGGCAGGAUUAUACUUACAUUUUGGAUGAGUUGUGUACCGAGCAGAAGUCAGAAUUGUGGGCUACGGUUAAAAUGAUCGAUUUUGCGCAUGCGUUCAUGGCGGAACAUCAUGAAGUCGACAAGAAUUAUUUAGAGGGAAUUGAUAAUUUGAUCAAGUUGUUCGAGGAGUUUCUGGUUGAUAGCGAGUAGGGACAACGAAAUUUUUUUUUUGGGCGGGAAUGCACGUGUUCCAGUUUACUUAAAGUGUUCUGUUUUGUAAAAUUAGGGUAUUUAUUUUUUGCCGGUGGGAUUGAUGCCAAGACAAUCAGGAGUAAGGGUCGUAAAUGUAGUAAACGCCCACUUUCCGGUUUUAAAUUAAUUUUUUUUCGUAAUUUAUUGUUGAUUGGAAACAUCACUAUUGUGAUAUUUUUUUCCUUCUCGCAUUGACUUUUGAUGUUUAAGGUUGCAGUAACCUGUUAUUGAGAUGUAAUUAGGUUUUGUAUUCAAUAAAUUUUUCUAUGCAGGUU